AUGAAGAAAUUCUACCACAGCUCUAUGAAGUUUCGGCUUGAUGUGAUAUCAGUAUUGCCGUUUGAAGUUUUAUACUUCUUCUUUGGAUUUAACCCAGCAUUUAGAGCAAAUCGGAUGCUAAAGCAUAACACAUUCUUUGAGUUUAAUGAUCGCUUGGAAGCUAUCCUGGACAAAGCAUACAUCUACAGGGUCAUUCGAACAACUGGAUACUUGCUGUUUAUCUUGCACAUUAAUGCAUGCCUGUAUUAUUGGGCUUCAGACUAUGAAGGACUUGGCAGCACUAGAUGGGUGUAUGAUGGCAAAGGAAACAUGUAUCUGAGGUGUUACUACUGGGCGGUUCGUACUUUAAUCACCAUCGGUGGCCUUCCAGAACCACAAACCCUGUUUGAGAUAGUUUUUCAACUGCUGAAUUUUUUCUUGGGUGUCUUUGUCUUCUCCAGCUUAAUUGGUCAGAUGAGAGAUGUAAUUGGAGCAGCUACAGCAGGACAGAAUUACUACCGUUCCUCUAUGGACAACACUGUCUCCUAUAUGAACACUUAUUCUAUUCCAAAAGUGGUCCAAAAUCGUGUUCGAACCUGGUAUGAAUAUACAUGGGAUUCUCAGGGAAUGCUGGAUGAAUCGGAAUUACUGGAGCAGAUGCCAACCAAAAUGCAAUUAGCCAUUGCAAUUGAUGUGAACUUCGCCAUUGUCAAUAAAGUUGACUUAUUCAAAGGGUGCGAUACCCAGAUGAUAUAUGACAUGCUGCUAAGGUUGAAAUCCAUUGUGUAUUUACCUGGUGACUUUGUCUGCAAAAAGGGAGAGAUUGGCAGAGAGAUGUACAUCAUUAAACAGGGUGAAGUUCAAGUCCUUGGAGGCCCUGAUGGUACAAAAGUCCUGGUUACACUAAGAGCAGGAGCUGUAUUUGGGGAGAUCAGCCUAUUAGCUGCAGGCGGAGGAAAUCGAAGGACUGCCAACGUGGUGGCUCAUGGUUUUGCUAACCUUUUCAUUCUGGACAAGAAAACACUCAAUGAAAUCUUGGUGCACUACCCUGACUCAGAAAAACUUCUCAUGAAGAAAGCAAAGUAUGUCCUAACAGUUUUUAAAUCACAUUAUUUACCUGCUGAAUGGAAAGUUGUGGCUUCUAGACAGAUCCGCAUUCCUUUCUUGGAAGAGUAA